AUGUCUCCCUUCGAAAAUAAAGGACUGAUAAUGGGCAUAAUGGCGGGGACUGCUGGAAUAAGCCUGAUGCUGAUUUGGUACCGUAAGAUCCGAAAACCCGGAGCGGCUGUGCGUAUACCUGUGUUCCUAGAUGUAGGUAGCAGGCUCAAUUCUGUGGGCUUGCAAAAUGAAGCUCCUGAUGAGCAAGGAGUGGUCAUGGUUUUACACGGAAGGCAACUGCAGAUACUAGAAAAACUGAAUGGCUUGUUAGUAAGUGUGGAUGAACUGAAGAGAGAGGUGAAAUUUCUGAAAGAAGCUAUUCCAAAGCUUGAAGAGCUUGUUCGAAACGAGCUUCAAGGGAAGGGAGGUGUUCAGAGAGUUAGCCCCUCGCACAGAGCAACGAAACGGAGAAAAGCUGAGACAGCUUCUGGUGCAACAGAAACUACCAGCUCUGAGGAGGCCGAAAGUGAAGGAGGUUAUCUUACAGCUCAUACUGACUCUGAAGGAGACUCCGAUGAAGAAAAGGGAUGUAUGAAAUCACCCGAUGCCAUUGUGAAAUCAGAAGAGUUAGUUAAUCUUCUACAGCAGGUGGACAAUUUGCACAAAGGUUCAGAGGAUGAUAAAAAGGAGGGCUUCAGACUGCUGCUUGAGAAAGAUGACAAGUAUGAAAACUGUGUGGACUUUCUUUGGAGAGUUGCACGUGCUUAUGGAGAUCUGUUUGAGAUAACUACUGAUGCUGAGGAGAAGAGAAAAUACGUUACUGAUGGUAAGCAGCGGGAAAAUGUUUAUGUAGAGCUGGAUGCCAGCAGUGCCGAGAGUCACCAGUGGUUUGCAGUUAUGUGUGGCUAUAUGUCUCAGUUUGACAGUGUACAAAACAAAAUCAGGAAUGGUUAUCUCUUUAAGGAGCACCUAGACAAAGCAAUCGAACUUAAGCCUCAAGAUCCUUUUUUAUAUUACCUAAAUGGAAGAUGGUGCUAUUCAGUAGCUCAAUUGUCUUGGAUUGAAAAGAAAGUAGCUGCUGCUCUCUUUGGGACUCCACCAACUUCAACAGUAGAAGAAGCACUGCAGUAUUUCCUUAAGGCAGAAGAAAUGCGUCCAGGAUAUUCCAAAUACAAUUAUGUGUAUUUGGCAAAGUGCUAUAAAGAUCUUGGCCAGAAAAACAAUGCACUGAAGUACUGUGAUUCUGCGCUGUCAAUUCUCUCAGUUACUAAUGAGCGUGACGCACCUCUUGGUCUGGAAGGACUCUGUCCAAAGGUGACAUAA